CAUCCAUCAGUCACGUAAUUUUCUCGUGGUGUUGCAAAAUAUUAUUCUUUCCGAUUCUGUAGUUCAAUAUCUUGCCUUUCUAGCCGCUGAUGGCGCACGUACGCCGCUAGUAAUGUCGAAAACAAUGUGAGAGCUAUAAGUGUGGCAUGUUGGUUACCACCCUGUUCCUAAAUUAUACAUUUUGAAAGCGGCCGGCGCCAAUUGUUCGGGAAAGGCAAUGAUACGAGGAAGCACCAACGUGUGGAGGGGAAGAGUUGGGAGCGGCAGCACAACCUUGUUUCAUGGCUGGCCCUGGAGCAGAAAUGCCUGUACAUCGAGACCCAUGCACGCAAAACGAACCAUAUGCUAUCCGCUACAAGUAAAGUAUAUCCCAAAAGUGAUGGAAAGGAGGUUACUUUGCCCUGUCUAUCUAGGCCGUAAAUUAGUCGCGCAUCCUCACGGAGUACAAACGAUACCAAAUACCUUCAGCAUGCUCACUGUCCGGAGCGUUGCAAGUGAUACUAGCGAUAAGCUGCGGUCCAAACGGGUGGAUGAAAAGGACACGCGAAUAUGGCUACAGAAAAUAUCCCCGUACGCGAGAUUGAUGCGUAUCGACAGGCCCAUCGGUUCCUGGCUACUAUUCUGGCCAUGCGGGUGGAGUAUUGCGCUCAGUGCGCCGGCGGGAUGUUGGCCGGAUCCUAUGAUGCUGGGACUGUUUGGUGUUGGAGCGUUUGUGAUGCGUGGUGCCGGAUGCACGAUCAACGAUCUGUGGGAUCGUGAUAUUGAUGCAAAGGUCGAACGCACCCGAAACCGACCCCUGGUUGCAGGAGAAAUUGCCCCGUUUGACGCGAUUGUAUUCUUGGCUGGACAACUGGGUGUUGGUUUGUUUGUGUUGCUGCAGCUAAAUUGGUACUCGAUCCUGCUUGGCGCCAGCUCGUUGGGACUGGUUGUUGUGUAUCCGUUGAUGAAGCGUGUCACCUACUGGCCUCAGUUGAUGCUAGGGGCAACCUUCAAUUGGGGCGCAUUGCUUGGCUGGAGUGCUACCCAAGGAUCGGUCGAGUGGGCCGCGUGCCUACCGCUAUACAUAGCUGGUGUUUGCUGGACGAUUGUGUACGAUACAAUAUACGCGCACCAGGACAAGGUGGACGAUUUGAUAAUCGGCAUCAAAUCGACGGCUCUACGAUUCGGCGAUAAUACGAAACUUUGGCUGAGCGGGUUUACAGCGGCUAUGGUAGGCAACCUGCUAUCUGCUGGACUGGUGUGUGAUCAAACGUGGCCAUAUUAUACCUCAAUUGGGCUCAUUGGGGCCCACUUAGCUCAUCAGAUUCACUCUCUAAAUAUCCACAAUCCAAAGGAUUGUGCCACCAAAUUCAUUUCCAAUCAUCAAGUAGGAUUUUUACUAUUUCUGGGCAUCGUUCUUGGAACGUUAUACAAACAGAACAGCGAUGAGCGGACAAAAAGCACUACAACUACAGCCAGCAGCAGUACCACGGGUGGCCAGCUAAGUGCCACUGUUACCGGCACGAGAAACAUUGCUGUAUAA